AUCUUUGCAUCAUUGCCUGUGCUUCUCAUAGACGACAAUGGCAAGGCGUCUAUGCUCAUUCCUAUUGUCUUUUCUAAUAAUUGUUUCUGUGUGGGCAGAAAACAGUAAAUUCGCCCGACUAAACCUUGCAUCAUUCACCUGGAAAGAUGCAGAGGAUAACAAGAACUGCUCUGCGGGUGAAUUAGAAACAUCAAGCUUGAGCGUGAUGCACAUUCAGGGCAAGUGUUCUCCUUUCCGCCUCCUCAAUUCAUCAUGGUGGACAGCGGUAUCCGAGUCAAUUAAAGGCGACACUGCGCGCUACAGAGCAAUGGUGAAAGGGGGAUGGAGCGCCGGGAAAACUAUGGUUAAUCCCCAAGAGGACGCGGACAUCCCGCUGGCUUCGGGACAGGCCAUCAGCUCGUCAAACUACAUUAUCAAGCUGGGUUUCGGCACGCCUCCGCAGAGCUUCUACACUGUCCUCGAUACCGGCAGCAAUAUCGCUUGGAUUCCGUGCAACCCAUGCUCGGGUUGCUCAAGUAAGCAACAACCGUUUGAGCCAUCCAAGUCGUCUACGUAUAACUACCUCACCUGCGCUUCUCAGCAGUGUCAGCUUCUGCGUGUCUGUACGAAGAGCGAUAACAGUGUGAACUGUAGCCUCACUCAGCGGUACGGCGACCAGUCGGAGGUGGACGAGAUCUUGUCGUCUGAGACACUCUCUGUCGGCUCUCAGCAAGUGGAAAAUUUUGUGUUCGGAUGUUCGAAUGCGGCAAGGGGACUCAUCCAGAGGACGCCCAGCUUGGUUGGGUUUGGGAGGAAUCCUCUCUCCUUCGUUUCUCAGACGGCAACGUUAUAUGACAGUACGUUCUCGUAUUGCCUUCCCUCCCUCUUCUCCUCUGCUUUCACAGGGUCUCUCCUUCUGGGGAAAGAAGCUCUUUCUGCGCAGGGCUUGAAGUUCACGCCUCUCUUGUCCAACUCUAGGUACCCUUCCUUUUAUUAUGUGGGGUUAAACGGAAUCUCUGUGGGAGAAGAGCUUGUAUCCAUCCCAGCGGGGACAUUGAGCUUGGAUGAGUCGACGGGAAGAGGGACUAUCAUAGACUCGGGAACAGUCAUCACUAGGCUGGUGGAGCCCGCUUACAAUGCCAUGCGAGAUUCUUUUCGCAGUCAGCUCUCUAAUCUGACUAUGGCUAGUCCCACAGAUCUUUUUGAUACGUGCUACAACAGGCCGUCCGGCGACGUGGAGUUUCCUCUCAUCACGUUGCAUUUUGACGAUAAUCUUGACUUGACUCUGCCCCUGGAUAACAUUUUAUACCCUGGGAAUGACGACGGCUCCGUGUUGUGCCUUGCUUUCGGUCUUCCACCGGGAGGAGGGGACGAUGUAUUGUCAACAUUUGGGAACUAUCAGCAGCAGAAGUUGCGAAUAGUGCAUGAUGUUGCAGAGUCUAGGCUUGGAAUUGCUAGCGAGAACUGCGAUGGUUAGUUGGUUGCUGAGUGUUGUUUAUUCACCGUAUUGUCGCCUAUAAUACCACACCCAACGUCCACUCUGCUUCACUAUAAUACCAGAAUGAUAACGUAAUAAUAAGUAUAUUUUAUUCCAUACUAAUUAAUAGAUGCAUUAUUUCAUCAA